UGUCUGCUGUAAACGUGAACUAAACUGUGUUGAAAACAGAUGAUUGUUAACCGGGUUAAUUAUAAAUUUAACUGUUGUGUGUGAAUGAAUACGAUAUAAACAUAAUUCUGUGUAAUUUGCUUCUUCGUGAUUGUAAUGUUACUCAGAUGGUAAAGGACCAUUCAGAAGAUAAACAUAGGACUAUUGUACGUUUUAGAGAUGCCGUACUAUGCUGUGGCUGUGGGGAAAAACCCGGGAGUUUAUAAAACCUGGGAAGAAUGUCAGAAUCAGACCAAAGGAUAUCCACAAGCCAAGUACAGGAAAUUCAACACGGAAACUGAAGCUAGUAAUUUUGUAAAAACUGCAGGAACCUACCUGAAUAACUCAUCAAUAAAAAUCAAUGCAAACAUAACAACUGCAGUAAACAUUGAAAAUUUAAAUCCUCCUGAACUCGUAGCAGUGGCAAGUCAGCCGUCCCAUACCUUACUAAAACAUGAUAGAUUGGGUUUGAUCGCAGAAAAAUUAGACAAAUUCAUUGAACAGACCAACAAGAAGCUAAGUGAAUUCAGCAGCAGACUUGACAUCCUUGAGACUUCGUUGUACAACAGAUGCACUCCAGAAAGAAAAAGGAAAAAUACAACAGAGGAAGACAAAACAAGAAGUAAAUCAAAGAAAAAGAAAUUACACGUGACUGUGGAGUUAUCAGACGGUGAGUCAUCUGACACUCCAGUGCCCACCACAACCAGGUCUCAGUCCACAACUGAGACUGUAGAACAAGUUGAUAGUCCUUGGCGGGGCAACAACAGCACACCUCAGGGCUUCAUCGUUGACCAGGAAGGCUUCACCAUCGUCUACACUGAUGGAGCUUGCAGUAAUAAUGGCAGAACCGGUGCAAAAGCUGGUGUCGGCGUGUGGUUCAACCACAAUCACCCUUUCAAUGUGGCUGGCCCAGUGGAAGGGACCCCUACAAACAACAAUGCUGAGAUACAAGCUGCUACAAGAGCAAUACAACAAGCAAGAUUGGCAGGUGUUAGAAGACUGAACAUACACACAGACUCUCAGUUCAUGAUCAGCUGUAUAACGGAAUGGAUCAAGAAGUGGAAGAGGAACAAUUGGAUGACUACAAACGGUGGGCAGGUGAAGAACAAGGAACAGCUGAUCAUCCUGGAUGAAGCAAUACAGACACUAGAUGCCGUAAAGUGGACCCACGUCCGAGGUCACACUGGUCAUGAAGGAAACGAAUGUGCUGACGCUCUAGCCCGCAGUGGUGCUACUAUGUACUAAUUUACUACAUCAAUGUGUUUGCUAAUAUCUGUAGGCUGUAUUUUAUUAAAUAAAUUGAAAUUAAAAACUAUUUAAA